AUGGUAGCAGCAAAACUUCUUAUUUCACAUGGUGCAAAUAUCAAUGGAAAAGAUAUAAAUGGAAAAACACCCCUCCACCGUGCAGUAAUAUAUGAAAGGAACUGGAUAAUCGCGCUUCUUCUUUCGAAUGGCGCAAAUAUCAAUGAAAAAGAUAAUGAUGGAAAAACCGCUCUUCAAUAUGCAGAAGAAAGAAAAAUGGACCUCGCAAUGAUAAAAAUUCAUUAUCCGUCGUUUAUGUGA